GUUUAGAGACGAGGAAGGAUGUUUUUGUUCUUGCUGAAAAACGAGACCACAAAACCGACGAGAUUCUCGCAGGAACAUCUGAUGCGCACCAUCAUCUUUCCAUCACCUUACGUCUAUGCCGCUGUCCGUUGGCCACGAGUGGAGACAACAAUGUUAGGAACAUGUGAUACUCAACUAAACAGUUGCAACUUUUGGAUUCUUUCAAUGCACAAUAUUCUCAAACCCUUUCUGGGUCCAUAAAAAAAUGUUUGGUAGUAGUGGAGUUAAAUUAAACCCAAAUUCAUUGUAGACCAAUGCCCCACAAUAAGUUUGAAUGAUAAGAAGCUACAGAAAACAACAUCACUGAUAGACUGGAAGGCCCAGUUGCUAUAACAUAUCUAUAAAGCUGGGAGACAGCAGCAAGAUGCUGUCCUCUACAGACAUUGAUUCACUGACCAGUGUGAGGAGGAAUCUGGUCCCUCAGAUGUCUUAAUGAAGGCACUGCUCUGACUGAGACUGAGUCCUAAAAGGCGGACAAGUGCGACACUGUCUCCUCCUGCUUUUGGGUAGCCUUUAUAUUCUGUGUAGUAGGAUCUCCCCAUUGCCCCCUAAAGCCUCAAGAUGGGCCCAUUCUUAGACUUCAACCCUUUUGAUAACCUGCUGUGCAUUCUCUUGGGCAUCUCCUUCACUGUGUGGUUCACCCUACUGCUCGUCUUCAUCAUCGUGCCUGCCAUUUUUGGAGUGUCUUUUGGCAUUCGCCGGCUCUACAUGAAAACCUUACUGAAGAUCUUUGAGUGGGCCACGCAUAGAAUUGAAAGAGGAGCCAAGGAUAACAACCAUCUCUUGUACAAGCCCUACUCGAAUGCCAUCAUUGCCAAGGAGCCCACCUCGCUGGAGGAGGAGAUUAAUGAGAUCCGGCGCCGCGGCAGUAACCGGGACCUGGACUCCGCUUCUGAGUUUGAGAUGUCUGACAUCUUCUACUUCUGCCGGCGAGGAGUGGAGAGCAUCAUGGACGACGAGGUGACCAAGAGGUUUUCUGCUGAGGAGCUGGAGUCAUGGAACCUGCUGACCCGUAGCAACUAUAACUUCCAGCACAUCAGCCUGAGGCUGACGGUCCUGUGGGGGCUGGGGGUGGUGAUCCGCUACGGCUUCCUGCUGCCUCUCAGGGUAACUCUUGCCUUCACCGGGGUGGGUCUUCUCGUCGUUCUCACAUCCAUCAUCGGGUUUCUUCCAAAUGGGAGGAUGAAGAACUUCUUCAGUGAGCAGGUGCAUCUGAUGUGUUACCGUAUCUGUGUUAGAGCGCUCACUGCCAUCAUCACCUACCACGACAGUGAAAACAAGCCCAAGAAUGGAGGGAUCUGUGUGGCCAACCACACCUCACCCAUCGACGUCAUCAUCUUGGCCAGUGAUGGCUGCUAUGCAAUGGUUGGGCAAAUCCAUGGUGGUUUGAUGGGCGUAAUACAGAAGUCUAUGGUGAAAGCCUGUCCACACAUUUGGUUUGAACGCUCUGAAGUCAAAGACCGACAUCUAGUGGCCAAAAGAUUGAGUGAUCAUGUAGAAGACACAACUAAACUUCCUAUUCUCAUUUUCCCCGAAGGCACCUGCAUCAACAACACUUCAGUAAUGAUGUUUAAAAAAGGCAGCUUUGAGAUUGGCUCCACAGUCUACCCUGUGGCCAUCAAGUACGACCCCCGCUUUGGAGAUGCCUUCUGGAACAGCAGCCAAUUUGGGAUGGUCAACUACCUGCUGAGGAUGAUGAGCAGCUGGGCCAUUGUGUGCAGUGUGUGGUACCUGCCACCCAUGACCAGAGAGGAAGGCGAGGAUGCAGUCCAGUUUGCCAGUCGGGUCAAAGCAGCUAUCGCCAGGCAAGGAGGGCUGGUGGACUUGCUAUGGGAUGGCGGUUUAAAGCGAGGGAAAGUAAAAGAUACAUUCAAAGAGGAGCAACAAAAGUUAUACAGCAAAAUGCUAGUGGGAACCCAAGAGGACCGCAGUCGUUCUUGAAGUGAAACGUACAGAGUAUGAGAUGAUCAGAGACCCACUUGUGGACAACAGAGUGGACAGUCUUCUGCACCCUUAAGGAUUUUUUUGACCUGGAAUACUCCAACCCUCAUGUCAGGAAUUCUUCACUUGGCUUCCUCGGUCAGUGCCUCAGCUUGGCAUAUUAAGUUCUUAUUGCUGUUACAGCCCAUUCUGGUCACUGUCCUCUGAUUCUAAUGAUUUGACAAUGGACUGGCCUCUACUGCACCAGCCUGUCAUGAUGCUGUGCACUAAGAGUUCUCUCACCAUCAGGGAAGAUAACACACUCUCUUUUGAGUGACUAAUAUAUUUAUGACCUUCGUUGAGUUAAUGUAUAUGUUUUGUUUUUAUCCGGUCUCUCUGUUUAUUGUUAAUAGUAUUAUGACAGUUAUCAUAAUUGUUCUUUAAGUUACAAGUGAUCUGCCAGGGGACGUAGCAGUGCAGCAUAGAUAAUUAUUGGAGAGCUUGUACUGAAGGGGAAAUCUGUGACCAUGUUGUUCAACAGACUGAGAUGGCAAGGUACCACGUGAAUGUUUCUAAUACUUUUUUUAUUGUUUUUAUUUUCAAUGAAAACCUUUUUUUUUUUAAAGCAUUGUAUUCAUGUGUAAAAUAUAGGAGUUAUGUUAAAGUGGA